AUGAGUAAAGCAAAAGUUGCUGUUCGUGAUAUUUCACCGCUUAUGCAAGCGUUAAGAAAUUUUCUUUUAGGAAGAAAUCAUACGAAAGCAUUACGAUUCGAGCCGUUUUUAUCUGCUAGAACUCAACCACCACCAGAAAUUCCUGAUGGACCAACACACAAGCAUGCUCACAAUUAUUAUUACACACAUGAUGCACGCAGAGAAGUGAAACCACCACUAGAUCUAACACAGCAGUUGCUAACUGAUGGUGCAGAAAAAGGGGCUGCUAGACAAGCAGCAGUUUCGAUACCAACGCCUGGAAAAGUACAUCAUUGGGAUCAUCAUUACUAG